CAGUUUGGCUUCACGGCCAUAUUUUUAUUCAAGCUGGCGAAGGCAUGGUGGAAAGAACCAGAUACUGGAGUGCCGGCGGGCGCACGCGAAGGCUGCGCGGCAGCACGCAUGUGGCGUGCGGCAUGCAGCGUGUUGGUGUGCCCCGAUGCUGAUGCCGCUUGGACCCGCAUCUCUGAUACUGCGCCACCAGACACUGUUUGGCACUCCCUACGCAACUGCGUUGCAUAUCAAGCUGGUGUAUGGCAGAACUUACUAGCAAAAGGCAUAGAUGAUGUAAUCCAACCUGCAGCGUUUAAAUUGGCUAUAGUAUUGAGACACACACCUACAGAUCUCACCGUACGCCUGCUGGCAGAUUUAUUGCGCCUGCAUCCACAAUCUCAAGACCUGACCUCAUACGUGCUGGCGCUGCUGACCGACGACGAGGCGGCAUGGUGUGGAGCGUGUGGUGCGGGCUCGCCGGGCGGCGGCACGCCGGGCCCGGCGCCGCUGAGAGACCUGCAGCUAUUUGGUGAUUGCGAGCUUUCCAUCCUCGCAGCCAGCCGCGAAGAGUACGAGGCCCAUGCUAAGCUGGUCCGCGCAGAGUAUGCAGCAAUGAGCAAUAAGAACUACGUGGAACUAAGGAUAAAGGUCCUGAACCAGUUCUCACAAAUCCCUAAGCUAUAUCACACACCAGAGUUCGAGUUUCUUGAGCCGCUUGCGCGUGAAAACAUUGAACGAGAAAUUUGCACUCUACGUGAACACCUGCUCACAGGUCAACAGGAGUAAACUCGAUGGAAGCCCAACAUGAGGCAAAUAAUGUCUUGUGUUAGUCCAAGCUAGCAAACAAUAUUUACGAUUGGAAGGCAUGGCUUGCCAGAUUACUGCGUUAGACACAUUUCGUUGCGCUUAAGGCUAUGUUUGUGUUCGUGAAAACGUAUUU